ACACAUUUGUAAAUUGGUAACAACCUUACAAAAUUCGCACCAUAUGCUUUUCAACCCUCCCUUAAUAAUUUUAGGUCCCCCCAUCUUAUUGUUGGUUUGAUGCUCACCUCACUUUCUUAUCCUGUUUUUUUCUUUGUGAAAAUCUUAUUGUUUUCUUUAUCUCAAUGAUACACCCCUUCUUCCAUUAUUGCACUAGACUAAACUAGACCCAUUACAACAAAAAUAAAAUACUCGAAAAAUCGUACUCGAAACAAAAAUCAUAAUAGUUACUUAGUUUAUAGGCAAUGCCGAAUUUAGUGUCAUGGACUAGGGAGGAGGAGAAGGCGUUUGAGAACGCGAUUGCUACACAUUCUAUCGACAAAUCGAAUGAGGAGUGGGAUAAGGUCGCGUCCAUGGUUCCUACGAAAACAAUUGAAGAGAUUAAGCAACACUAUGAGUUCCUAGUAGAGGAUGUAGGUGCUAUUGAGGCAGGAAAAGUACCACUUCCUAAUUAUGGAAGUGAGGAUACUACUACUACUACUACAUUAUCAACUUCUAAUACUAAGGAUAAUCAACACCCUUCUUUUAACAAGGACCAAAGAGGAAACUCAAAUCAAGGUAACGGGUAUUCGGCUUUCGGGCCUUCCUCAAUGGGAAAUAAUACCACAAAAGCUAACUCUAAGUUGGAACAAGAACGAAAAAAGGGCAUCCCUUGGACUGAAGAAGAGCAUAGAUUAUUUUUACUUGGACUUGACAAGUUCGGCAAAGGCGAUUGGCGAAGCAUAUCUAGGAACUUUGUGAUAACAAGGACACCAACACAAGUAGCUAGCCAUGCCCAAAAGUAUUUUAUAAGACUGAACUCAAUGAACAGGGAUAGAAGAAGAUCUAGCAUUCAUGAUAUUACAAGUGUAAAUGGAGGAGGGUUGUCGCCGAAUCAAACACCCAUUACAGGGCAGCAAAACAACACUUCUGUGGCUCCUGCAGUUGGAACAGCAGCAGUAGCAGCAAAUAAGCAUAGGCCUCCGCCUAAUGUAAAUAUGGCGCCUGCAGGUAUAGGAAUGUAUGGGACACAGAUAGGCCACCCAGUUACUGCAGCACCACCGCCACCUCAUCAUAUGGCAUCCGCUGUUGGGACUCCUGUUAUGCUCCCUCCUCCUGGUCACCCUCAUCAUCACCACCACCAUCAUCCUCCUCCUCAUUACGCUGUUCCAGUAGCUUAUCCUCUCGCGCCUCCCCCUAUGCAUAGAUAACAGCUUCACGUCCAAGUCCUGUUGCAGUCUGGAUGUUGACACCCGUAGGCAAGUUACAGAUCUUGGCUUAUUAAUCAAGACCUCGAUGUGAUCGUUCUCCAACCCAAACUACUCGAUCAGCAUCUCCUUCGUGGACUUGACAUUGUUGAAACAACCUUUGAGUUCAAAUUUGGUUUUAGGGUAGUUGCAUCCUGCUUGUACAUCCAUCCUCUUCCUCCAUUUCUCCAUAGCCUGGGACGAAGUGGAGGAGGAAGAGGUUCUUCUAAUGAUAAUUGAUUUCCCUUUUACUAUUACAUAAAAUUUAGAAAUUUAGGUUUCAUUUCCUUUUCAAUGUAAUUUGAAAUUUGAUGUCACACAUCUUUUGAUAAAACACUCACCUGAGCCAAUGAUGAGUGAUUCCUUGGACUUUGUAAA